AUGGCGACCACUGUCCUCCUACCCCCGAGUGAGCUCGACAGCUACGACUAUGCCAUUGUUGGAGGAGGUACCGCUGGUUGCGUGAUCGCCUCGCGCCUCGCCGAGUACCUCCCCAACAAGCGCAUCCUGUUGAUCGAGGCUGGUCCGAGUGACUACAUGGAUGACCGAGUCCUGAAUCUCAAAGAAUGGCUGAGCUUGUUGGGAGGAGAGCUGGACUAUGACUACCCAACAACUGAGCAACCAAUGGGAAAUAGUCAUAUCAGACAUUCCCGAGCCAAGGUUCUUGGCGGCUGCUCAUCACACAACACACUGAUCUCCUUCCGACCCUUCGAGUAUGAUUUGCGCCUUUGGCAGGAGUCUGGGUGCACAGGCUGGUCCUUUGACAUGUUCACUCGCGUCCUCGAUAACCUGCGCAAUACUAUUCAACCAGUUCACGCUCGCCAUCGCAAUCAGCUCUGCAAAGAUUGGGUCCAAUCUUGCUCAACAGCCCUAAAAAUCCCCAUCAUUGAAGAUUUUAACAAAGAGAUUCGCUCCAAGGGCGAACUGGAGCAGGGAGUUGGCUUUUUUUCUGUUUCAUACAACCCAGAUGAUGGCCGACGCAGUAGUGCUAGCGUCGCAUAUAUUCACCCUAUUCUGCGCGCAGAGGAAAAGAGACCUAACCUGACCAUCUUGACCAAUGCCUGGGUUUCACGGCUCAAUGUCGAUGGUGACACAGUCACCGGUAUUGAUGUCACCCUCGAGUCCGGUAAAAAGUACACCCUAAACCCCAAGAUUGAGACUAUCCUUUGCGCCGGUGCAAUUGACACACCACGAUUGAUGCUGCUGUCCGGACUUGGUCCUAAAGAACAGCUAUCAUCUCUCGGAAUCCCCGUUGUCAAGAACAUCCCUGGAGUUGGCGAAAACUUGCUUGACCAUCCAGAAACCAUUAUCAUUUGGGAACUUAACCAACCUGUGCCACCUAAUCAGACAACAAUGGACUCUGACGCAGGAAUCUUCCUGCGCCGAGAGCCACCAAAUGCUGCUGGAAGCGACGGAACAGCUGCUGAUCUGAUGAUGCAUUGCUACCAGAUUCCUUUCUGUCUAAACACCACCCGUCUCGGAUACGACGAGCCCGUUGACGCCUUCUGCAUGACACCAAAUAUUCCUCGUCCACGCUCUCGCGGCCGUCUAUAUUUGACUUCAUCAGAUCCCAAUGUGAAGCCGGCUUUGGAUUUCCGCUACUUCACUGACCCAGAGGGUUAUGACGCCGCAACCAUCGUGGCUGGCUUCAAGGCUGCUCGCGAGGUAGCGAAACAGGCACCAUUCAAGGACUGGAUCAAGCGCGAAGUCGCUCCUGGACCAAGCGUUGUUACUGAUGAGGCGCUCUCCGAGUACGGCCGUCGCGUUGCGCAUACCGUUUACCACCCAGCCGGCACAACCAAAAUGGGCAACAUCGAACGCGAUCCACUCGCAGUCGUCGAUCCGCAAUUGCGAGUCCGAGGACUUAAGAAAAUCCGUGUUGCGGAUGCCAGUGUCUUCCCUCACAUGACUACCAUCAAUCCUAUGCUUACUGUACUGGGUAUUGGAGAGCGAGCUGCUGAACUGAUAGCUGAGGAUGCAGGCUGGAAGAGAAACCAGCCUAGGUUGUAA